GUAAAAUGACAGGAGAAUCACGGCAUCUAUUGGAAAUUUAGGAAAACGUGAGAAAGAAAUCAUUUCUGAUGGCAGCCAGAAGAUUGUGCGGAUGAUUAAUCAAAUUGCUUCCGAAGGUGUGUGCAGUCGAAACGCUUAUAAAGUCCGCAGACCUUGUGAGGCGUGUGACGUGCAUAACCUCACGCAACAAUUUCCUUCCUCCCUUUCAAAGAAAUCGAUGACUAAUGGAUCGAACGAGUCAUUAUUUACAGGUAAGUUGCGCAUCUUCGACAUCCUAUUCAACUUGUUGCGAAUAAUCUUACAGGACACGGACCGCAACCCCAAAAAUAGAAAAAAGGCCGGUCCGGUUUGUUUGAUCAGUUCAGCCGCGUUGCCAAUGGCAACCGAUGGAUAAACACAAAAGAGCCAGGGUCUGUGUAUGUUUGUGUGUGUCUGUGUGGGUUUUCUCUCAUUCUCUAUUCAUUUCCUCUCCUCACCAACGCCCUUUUCCUUACAACUGACCACCCCUUCUCUCUCUUCCUCAUUCCAUCAAUCGGAUUGUACAAGUGCGCAGCAGAGCAGUAUAUAGUGUAUCGAUGGAAUGCGGGUCUCGCGGUGGAAUCCGGAUCGUGGCAGAUCAUCACUGAGCCUCUUUUAGGCAUCCGGAGAAGGAGGAUAGAGUAUUAUAAUGCGCUUUCCAACCAUUUGGCCGAAAUCCCCCCUCUUUCACGUUUCUGCACACAUCCAGACACCCUCGGGAUAAUUGGGAGUGGGGCUGACAAGGCCAAUAACCCGGCGUACGCGACUCAAGCAGGUCAACUGGUUUUAUUCGGUUCCAUACUGGAUCCUCUUCUUCUUCUUCUUCUUUUCUCCACUAGAUGAUGGGCCGUUGAGGUUAGCCAGAGCAAGGAAUAUAGCGCCCCAGGGUAGACCAGGUAACCUCGGCGUAUACCUGUACACACACCUGGGAAUGGGGUGGUGGGAGGUAGGUAGUCUCCUCUUCUCUUUCUCCCUCCUCCCCUCUUCUUCUACACACUUUGUGAGUGUGCGUGUCUCUCUCUUGCCCACCUUUCCGUGUGUACCUGGUGGUGGAAGGGAAAAAAGGAAAAGAGAGAAAAGGAAAGAAAAAAGAGCCACGUUGCCAUCAAAAGCGAAAAGGUGUACAACAACGCAGUAGGAUAGGAUAGAAGAGAGAGAGAGAGUUUGUGUACUACAGUGUAACCAACACACACAUACAGUCGACGCUGGGCCGGGCAAACAGUCGCCACGGGCUUGGAAAGUGCAACACUCGACCAAACAUCACAGAGGAACUUCAGAGUUGACGGGCGGCGGGUUGUGUGUUGUUGUGUUCAGUGUCACUUUGUUUCGUCAUCGUUCCACCGAACCAACGUGAGACAUCAGUUUUGACUUUUUCGCAGUCGUCCGCAGUGUGAAUUCGAUAACCAAAUAAAAUAUCAACUGGCCACAUUGCGUCAAAUUCCUCCAUUUUUUGGUGUACCUGGAACGCUGGCCAUCUUGGACGCCACCAACAACCGGCGAAAAUUCAAAAGCCAAGAAGUUUGUGCAAAAAAAGGAAGAACCUUGGAGCUGGGCAACAUUCUGACGGUGGAUCAGACUGGAACAACAAAAACCCCCCAACCAAAAGAAGACAAAAACUUUGAGCGAGAGGAAGUAAAACAAAACCGCAGAACAACCGACGAAGAAUCGCAUUUAAGGAGAGAGGGAGGUGCCACAACAAUUCCCCUCCGCUCUGUGUGUGUGUUGUGUUUAUAUUUCUGUUAGAUAGGCACAGACAAGUCGUAGAGAAUUCUCCAGACACAACACAACAUAGUCUGUGUGUGUGUGUGUGUGUAUGUGCACCUCACACGAUGUACACCGGAUAUUGCAGGUUGGCGCUGGAUAUUGAGACGGCCGCCAGUUAUUCCAGCACCGGAUUACCUACAUGAACUCUUUGCCGAUUCGCUCCGAGGAAUUUUUUUACCGUUUUUCUUUAUAUUUGAAAAGAAAAUCAAGUUGUUGACUUUUUCCCCCCCAAUAGCCGCGCCCCUUUUCCACCCUCCUCCCAAAUAAGGAAUUUUAACCGUUUACAACGUUGCAAACGUGAAAAAGUAGAAGAAUUACAACUUUUGUCGUCUGAUGGACUUGUGUGUUGGUGUUGUUUAGUGUCGGAUGUUGAUCAUCGCAAGAUGAGCAAAUGGAGAAGCGCAAUUUGAGAGUGUCCGCCUUGGCUGAGGGAUUAGCGGCCAUCGGCUUGGUCCUGGCCAUCAUCACCGUCAUAUCUCCGUACUGGGGAAGAUUUUCCAACGAAGGAUCACCUAAUAGUGGCGAUCUGGUUACUGGCUAUUUCGGAUUGUGGACGAUCUGCAAAGACCUGCCCCAGGGGCGUUCCUUCUGUGGCUUGAAUAUCACUGCUUUUAACCUGUCAACAUGGACGUUUAUUGCCGGAGUCAUUGCUGUUGUCAGCGUCAUCUCCCUCGGUCUGGCUGCCCUGCUGGGCGUCUGUCUCCUACUGAUGCUCAAAACCCAGGAGCGCGUCUGUCUGCCUUAUCGACCGGCCGUUGUGGCCCGUCUCGUCCUCUCGGCACUCGCAGCUCUCAUGUCGACUACAGCCAUAGCAUUGGCCAGCAUCCGGACAGACGAGAGACUACCUUACGGCUUGAGUCGAGGAUGGACCUUCUACCUGCAGAUGCUGGUCAUCGCAUCCGAAGUCCUCCUGACGCUGGCCUCCACCUACGAUUUGAUGCUGAGUCGACGGCUGGGCGGCGAUCCCACAUUUUACAGCCGCGAUCCUUCUGGCUCCGGCGCUCUCACCUACUCCAAUCCCAGUUUCAAGGACGAUUCCGGCCGUCCCAGCGGAGUGGGUGGAGGGCGACCAGGAAGCGGAAUGGGCGGAGGGCGGCCGGGAAGUAGCAACGGUUCCUCGACUAGUAACAGUAGCAUCAACACCAUCGUCUCGGCCAGCUCCGUCCGAUCGGCACCCAAUGGCAAACAGGUCAGCACCAACGGGGCCCGAAUGCACAACUCGCACAAUAAAACUUCCUCCUCAGGCAAGAGCCCUUCUUCCGGCAGAGCGUCUCCCAAACGGCCAACCACGGGACGAUUGGCGAACGGUGCGAUGAUCCGCGCGGCGGCCGGCCGUGGGAGCCAACGAAGUCGGUCAAGUGGACACAACAGUUCAAGAUCGAAACCGACCAUAGCCUUAACGGCCUCCAGUGCCCAUCCGUACUCGAUGGGAGGAGCUGACGGGCGAUCACCCGACAGCGUCGAUCACGGCAGCACGUCGAGCAUUUUAAAUGGCUCGUUCGGCUCGAUCGAGAGCUCCAGCUACGGCACGACCAGUUCCAUCAUUUCCACGAGUUCCAUCUCGUCCAACCCGAUGGCUCUGUCACCCCGCAAAUCUUCGCUCAAGAAGCCCAGACCGCGCAAUGAGGUUCCGGCCUCUCCAGUGCCGGAAGGAAGCGAAACAGGUAGCAUCUUGGGAUUCCAGAAUCCGGGUUUUGGCGAAAACCGACCCGGAAGCAUCAAACGGGUCCGCAUAGCCUCGCAGAGCACCGAUGUUUAAAACAAAACAAAACUAUGUCUAGACAUGUGUACGCCAUUCGCAUCGUUUUGGAUGGAUCGUGGACUAUUUAGACAACUUUUUUCACCGCAUGCGACUUUUGACAGGAUCAACUUGUGUUUGAGAGCAUUUAACGGUUUGAAAUGGAGCCAAGCUCAUCUUGAAUGGAUACACAAAUGUUCAGUUGUUUCUGUCGGUCGUUCCAAAGAGCGCGAUCGAAAAAGGCGAGACGUUCAAGUAAAAAUCAAGAUCAAACAAACAAUCAUUUCAAGUAUUUCAAAAAAAAAAUCUCUCGCACACAUAUACCUUUUUUUGUGACGAAGAAAACAUUGCGACUGCAUUCAAACCUAUGGUAUCUUCCGUCCGUGUGUGUGAUACUAACCGGUGUGUAGUAAGACUUGCGUUUUCUCGUUUAGGAAAAAACAACAACCUCUUUAUAUUAUCUUUACCUUUCAUUUUGAACGCCCUCCGUUUUGGAAAUGAAUCCAUUCCGGCGGCAAGCCCAUUUCCCUCCCCCCAUUUCUCUCAAAUUUUGACAAAAUAACAUUUGCGGAUCAAUCUUGUAUUUUGCAUUCGAAUGAGUAGCUACCAUAAAAAUCAAGCCAAUUUCUUCUUAUUGACUAGAGGAGUGGAUACGUGUAAUAUAUUUAAAAAAUUUGUGUCGUGUGUCUGUUUCAAAGUGCAGGUGCCAACGCCAAUGUUGCUUUUAGGGAACCUGAAGCUUGGUAUACUAAGGCGGUAAAAUCAAUAAUUGGGAUUUUGGAAACAACCGAUAUAAAGUGUGUUUUCUUUUUUCUUUUAAUUAUUUACUUGCGAAUUUAAGUUUUCGAUUGUUUCCGUGGUUGUGAAAAAGGCUCGCCCAUUGUUCUCGUUAUUUUCUUUUCCGUUUCGUUAACUUGUACUAUCGCUACGUGACAUUGGGCUUCGAAAAUCAUUAAAGCUAAUGCACAAAGUCGAAAAUGAAAAGCAGGUUUCUCUCUCUCUCUCUCUCCUUUUUUAAACUUUCAUACUUCAAACAAAAAUUCCAAUUUAUUCGAAUCUUAAUUAAAUGAAUGCUGUACCCGACUGUGGAAUAAAAGUGCACACUUUGUUCUCCCAAAUGACUGUACGAAUCGAUUAUAUUGUUUUGGUUGCGCACUAUGAAUUACAGAUCAAUGUUUCUUCAGAA